AAUUUUGAAACCAAAUAAAUAACAAUAACAAUAUCAACUACCAUUAUCAAAUUGCCUCAAAUUAAUCUCAUUCACGAAUUCACAAACACACAGAAAAAUAUGGGCGUGGUGAUAAUCGACGGCACCACCGUGCGAGACUUCAUCGCCGACGAUACACAUUUCACAAACAGCAUCAACGAACAAUUCACCUCCCUCGAUCUGAACAACGACGGCGUUCUAUCACGCGCCGAGCUUCGCAAAGCAUUCGAAUCCAUGAGACUAAUCGAAUCUCAUUUCGGCAUCGACGUAACAACCCCGCCGGAGCAACUCACGCGCCUCUAUGACUCCGUUUUCGAUACUUUCGACGGCGAUGGAAGCGGGAGUGUUGAUCGUGAAGAGUUUAAGAAUGAGAUGAAGAAGAUUAUGCUUGCUAUUGCUGAUGGAUUAGGUUCUUCGCCUAUUCAGAUGGUUCUUGAAGAUGAUGAUGAGAUGAAUCUUUUGAAGAAAGCUGCUGAUCUUGAAGCUUCUAAAAACGCUGCCGUUUGAUCAUCAUUUAAUACCGUUUUCAUGGGUUUUUUUUUAUGUGCUGUGAUCAUUGUCAUUUUCAAUGUUUUUUUAACUUAGCGUGUAUUUGGUUAUAUGAUGAGAAUAAUUACAUAGAAGAUGAAAUGUUAAAUAAUCACAAGUAGUAUCUUAAAUAAACAUUUUUUUAGCAUUGAAA